AGAGUCUAUCAUCUAUACUUCUGUAGAUGGCUGACACAACAACACACUCCUGUUUAGACGACACACUUCACUUUAUUUAAAUGAUAUUCGACUUUGGAUCUGUGUACUACAUGUAUGGGGUAAAAAAAUAAAAGCUUUAAAUAAUGAAGAGGAGAAAUGUGGAUUGUGCUAAGCUUCGUAGACCGUUAAAACGGACUAAAAUUGGUGAAGGAUUAUACGGCAGCACCUUUGUGUACAUCAAGUUUCUCCUGGUAUGGCUUCUUGUGCUGGCAGCAGAUUUUCUUCUGGAGUUCCGGUUUGAAUAUCUGUGGCCCUUUUGGCUUCUCCUGCGUAGUGUGUACGACUCUUUCCGCUACCAGGGUCUGGCAUUCUCCGUGUUGUUUGUGUGUAUGGCACUAACCUCGGACAUGAUCUGCCUCCUCUUCAUCCCGGUGAAUUGGCUUUUCUUCGCCGCCUCCACCUACGUCUGGGUCCAGUUCGUAUGGCACACAGAACGGGGUGUGUGUAUGCCCACAGUAGUGCUAUGGGCGCUCUUCAUCUACAUCGAGGCUCUUGUUCGCCUCAAAGAUAUAAAAAAUGUUCCCUUCCAUUUAGAUUUGUGCAGACCCUUUGCUGCACAUUGUAUUGGGUAUCCUGUCGUAACUUUGGGGUUCGGUUUAAAAAGUUACGUUGGAUACAGAUUGAGACAGAGAAAACAGCGGGAGGUUGCAAAAGAAAAUGAAUUUUAUUUGCAACUACUUCAAGAGGCGUUGCCACCAGAGUUGCAAGUCACGUCUAGUCCUGAUAAGUGUCUGAAGGAGAAAAGUGAAGAUCUCACUCUCAAUGGUGAGGUGGAGGUCACUGCUGCCACCAUUAACCUGACAGGAGGAAGCUGCAAUCACAGUAGCAGUUGCAGUAGUAGUAUUAGCAGUAGCAGUAGUACGAGUAGCAGCAGUAGUACUGGGGGUGGUUGUGGUGGUGGUGGUGGUGGUGGUGGUAGUAGAGGGAGUAGAGGUGUUAGAGCUGAUGCCAAGUUACCUGAACAAAGCCAGGCGGGGGAGGACAGCCCCCCACCUCCUAUACACCGGCCGGACAAAAAUCGCCUUCCCAACGGCACUAUCCACGCCGAGCUGGAAUACAUGCAGAAAAAAGGGUGGGCCAAUUCGAGGUCCGUGAACGACUACGAUGAGAGUGAGGCGGAGAAAGACAAGAGUGCCAAGACCAGCUCUGGGGGUAGUACGCCGUGUGGUGGCCCCUCCUCCACACAAACCACUGGUCUCACUGCCAGCCUCGAGACCGAAAAGAAACGCGUCAAUGCCUCUUUACAGAGUAACGGGUCAGCCAAGAUACCGGGAUCCCACACAAACAACUUACGGGAUUCUGGGGCGGGAGGCGGCGGGUCGGCCUCGCGGGAUAAGAAAAACAAAAAUAAGGAGAGUAAUAAAGACAGUACUCACGGCCCCAAGGAGGAGACCGUCAGCAUCAUACGACUCGAAGCUGACAUCAAGAGACUCAAGGCCGACCUGCAGGCAUCGCGACAAACAGAGCAGGAACUUCGCAACCAGAUCAACACACUCAUAUCCAGUGACAAAAUUACUCGGCAAGAGAUGAACCAGCUCCAGCAAGACAACGACAACUUGCAAAAUAAACUCCACGGGCUGGUAACUGCUCGACAAAAUGAUAGAUCUACUAUCAGUGGUCUCGAGCGUCGGCUUCAAGAGGAGCGUCGCGCACGCACGGCCGCCGAGAACCAGGUGGCACAGCUCGAGCGGCGGCAGAAAAAGGUCGAGGAGCAGUCGCAGGCUAGAGCACAUGCCCUAGCUAAUGCCAAGAGUGAAUGCAGUGAAUCCUGCCGCAGUCGUCGCAGUGAACUGGAGACCGAGCUGAAGCGUUUGCGGCGCGACCACCGCCUCUCUGAGGAUCGCGUCCGCAGCGUGGAGCGCGAGAACAUGACCCUACGACAGUACAAGGACAACCAAAACGACACCGAGGUGCUCAUGUCAGCCCUCUCCGCCAUGCAGGACAAGAACACGCACUUGGAGACGUCGCUAUCGGCCGAAACCAGAGUGAAGCUGGACCUCUUCUCUGCUCUAGGAGAAGCAAAGAGACAGUUGGAAAUCUCACAAGGACUCGUGUCUUCGAAGGAUAAGGAAAUCGAAGAACUGAAGGCCAAGAUCACGGAGGUGUUGGCCGUGUGUCCCCCAACAAGCUUCCACAACUCCUCUCUCGACUCAACACCCAUUCACUACACCUCCAAGCUUCUGCCGCAGGUGACAUCUUCCGGCAUGGAGCCAACCGCUUCCCUGGUGAUGGUUGACGGCCUCAUGGACACGUCGCUGGACUCCCUGUGUGGCCUCGGCUUCACCCCCGCCGGCCACACCCGUCCCCACACCGUCUCCCCGCCCGUCCCUAUCUCCCCGACCGUUCCCAUGUCCCCGCCCGCACCCAUCUCCCCGCCCGCUCCCAAGAACCCACAACACUCCACGUUAGACCCCAAUGCCCGCGUCUACACUCCCAAGGGCACCGUGACGUCCGAGGCUUAAAAAAAUAUCAGAGCCCGGGAAUGGCAAGACCAAAAGCUGAAUGGUUUUUAGGCAGAAUUUUAAUUGUUUCUGAUCUGUUUAGGCUGACAUUCUGGGUGUGGACACAAAGCCAAGUCUUUUCAUCUGUUUUGUCUUUAAAAAAAAAAGACCAUCUUGCUGUGUCUGAGUCCUGCUUGUUGGGUUAAAAUAUCAAGUCUGCUAAGAAACAAGAAUGCACGGUCAACAAUGGGGCUUAAAUGAGUCGGCUCGGUGUGAAAGGCGCAGAAGUUUAAAACAAAACAAAAGUGACUAAUAUAUAUUUAAAAGGAACCUUAAAUAAUAAUUAAAAAAAAAACAAUAAUUUAUGUUAAUGUGUAUGUUUAUUUCAGUAGCUGAUUUUCAUGACAAAUUGUGUGAUUAUUUUCGCAUAGGAUAUAUUUUGUAGUCGGGGAUUGGCUUGCGGCCGUGUGCGUAUUGCCGCGCCCCCUUGUGUUGCUCGACUCUAUUGGCCGGUUAACGCCCGCAUUACGUACAAGGACGCCAAACGACCGAAGAGUAUACGAGCGUAGACGCGGUAAUGACCUUGACCAUAUCUCGUUAAUACAGGUACCAGUGGCUGUUAAGGGGUUUAUAAUUACCGGUGAUUAUUUCUUUUCGUUCUCAACCAAAUUAUUCAUCAUAUUGAAUAUCUGAUAGAAACGGAUUAUUGUAGUAUUCUUUCUCGUUUGUUUCUUUAUUUACCCUUUCCCCUUUCCCUUCCCCUCCUUCCCCUUCCCCUUCCCCUUACCCCAAGACGCUUUUGUCUCGUUAGGUAUUCAGAGAGUGGGGGAAGUAAUUCUGGGGGUUUCCUUUGAUGUACUGUGCUGUUAUUGUUUGGAUUAUCGUCUUGUAAUGUUCCUUCAGCUACCACGAGAGAGAGAGAGAGAGAGAGAGAGAGUGAGUGAGUGAGUGAGUGAGAGAGUGAGAGUAUGUUUGUGUGUGGCUUUGUGAGUAUUGUAAGCAUGUGUUUGUGAGUAUUCCAGGUGUAUUUGUGAGUGUUGUAGGUGUGUUUGUGAGUACUGCAGGUGUGAGUGUGUGUAUAUUGGAGGUGUGUUUUUGAGAGUGCUUGCUGAUGUGUGUGUUUGGCCAGUGUGUAUGUUUAGGUGUUGCUUGUGAGUACUACAGGUGUUUGUGUGUGUGUUUGAGUCAGCAGGUUUGUCCUCUCAUUAGAGCUACCACACUUGUGCUUAUUAAAAAAUGCAUUGACCUUUAUGCAUACACACUGUACUGUAAGUGUUUUCCAAGUGCAUUCAUGCAUGGAGGAACAUAACUGUAGUGCAUUCAUAAUUAACGUGUUAUGUUCAUUGGGUGGUUAAUAUUAGGAUAAAGGUCGUUUUAUAACCAGAGGCUAAAAUCCCUUAGAAAAUUAAUUAAGAACUUAUAUACUGGUUCAAUUGUAGAGAGAAGUCGAUCCCAUUGUCAUUAGGUUUCUUAUGCCACCCAGCUGAAGUGAUGGGAGGGAGGGAAGAGUCAGGUCUUGUGGGUGUUUGAACAUGUAUGUAUUUGUGUGUCUGUAUGUCUGUAAUAAGAGUGAGUUAGUAUCCAUGAAUCUGUAUUAUAUGCUUUUGUAUGACUGUAAUGACUCAACAUACAUGAAACUAUGUAUAUUGUAUGCUUCUGUAUGUAUUAAGGUGACUAAUAAGCUUGACUCCUCAUACACACUUCAACACACACACUCUCGCCGUGGACCCACAUCAUAAGUCCCUCUCAAAUGGUUAUCACAGGAUCCCACCAAUAAACAACAUCAGCAGCGGACAGCCAAACCAAAGUUGAUUUUAUUCCCAUGCGACUGUGUUGGUGAAUCCCAGGUGUGGUCUCUCAAAGCUAACGUUACCGAGGCACGUUCAGUACGGUGUUUGUGUUUCGUGGGGUAUUCUUGCGAUAUUCUCCUUGGAUGAUUUAAGAGAGGUAUAACGAAUCUAAAUUAAAACGAUCGUAAGGUAGAGGAAUUUGUUAUUGAGAACCUACGACUGAGGGCAUUAAGCUAUGUAGGGAUAGAACAUGCUGGUCGGCGAUUGACUUUAUCUAAUAUGCCAUCCAUGUUUGGUUACCUUGGCUACUUAGUUUGUUGGUUACUAAGUGAGAGCCACCGCCAUACCUCUGAAUUGAUGACCAUCUUGUUUUUAAUUAUACGAUUACAUUGUUACUGAAAAUAUAUGAGUAUUGUGUUUGUUACUGUGUGGGUGUGUAACUCAUCAACAGUGUGGGCGUGUGUAACUCAUCAACAGUGUGUGGGUGUAACUCAUCAACAGUGUGUGGGUGUGUAACUCAUCA